ACUCACCAUAAGUUAAUAUAAAUCACUCAUAAUAAGAACAUUGCGUGUUUCUCGUGGAUUACAUAGGACCUUCUACCUCAUAAGGCAUUCUUCAUCCCUGGGGGAGUCAUAAUUGUGACGUCAUUUGAUUGCUUGGCCCCAUGUGUGAGCCCUAUAAAAAGGAGUGUUUGAAAUGCUGGUCAGAGUAUAGUGAAGAGACGAGGAGUCAGACUCAGGAGUUAGGAAGAACAGCAUCCCUGUAGCCAAGCUUAAGAUCUGUUUCAGUGAACAGGUGAAGUCCUUUGUGGUUUCACAGGAAUUCACUGCACAAGAAGAUUCCAGGCGUUCACUGGCAUCCUCCAGAAAGGAGCACACCCCACCACAGAGAAGACAUUACAAGUCAGGGUCCAGAGAUGGAAGCCAGAAGUAGCCCCCAGCUCCUGGUGUCACUGAUGUUUCUUAGUGUCCUCUGCUCACAAACACUGGCAUUACCUUUUGGAACAUAUUCUAUCAUGAGCAGGCUGGGCAAUGGCAUACUGUUGGAUGGCCCUAAUGAACCUGAUCAAAAUUUAGGCUUCUUAAGAGUGGAAAAUGACAAUCUGGAAAGUUCAUUACCUGAAAAUGACUUGUCUUUUUUUGAUGCAUCUAGACCCAUGAACAGAAAUAGCAGACAUGCUGAUGGACUUUUCACCAGUGACUAUAGCAAACUCUUGAGUCAACUUUCUGCCAAAAAAUACCUUGAGUCUAUUAUUGGCAAAAGAGUUAGUGAUAACCUUGAAAAAGGAAAUAGUCUACUUAAGCGCCACUCUGAUGCUGUUUUCACUGACAGUUACACCCGUCUCCUGAAGCAGAUGGCAAUGAGGAAAUAUCUAGAUUCAAUUUUGAAUGGAAAGAGAAGUGAUGAAGAUUUGCUCAAAUCUGAAAAUUCAGAAGCGAGUGAUCCUAAUUCACUUGCCUGAAAGAGAUAAUGAUCUUAAAGUGGAGCUGAUGCAUCACUUCCUAGUGAAUUCUUCAAAGAAAUCUACAAUGAACAAAUUGACUAUUUUUUGAGUUCUAUGUAAAUCUAUCAAAGAAACAUCUUCAAUAUUAAAACCAAAUAAAUAUAUGUUGUAGGGAAAGUUGUGAUUUAUUUGCUUCUCAUGUAAUAAAAGUGGUAUUUACACUUAAAUAUUAUUUUAGAAAUCUUUACCUAAAUAUUGUCUUUAAAUCAUGAAAACCCCAAUGCUUCAUAUGCUAUGUAUCCUUUCUUUCAAUAAAUGUUUUGAAAAACGAAGUCCACACUGGCAUUCAAUAUUCCAUGGUCCCUGAAUAUUCAGAAUGAAGGCAAGAGAAAAAAAAUUAUAAAAACUAUGUUGUGAGUAUCCACUAAAAGAUUAUUUAUAAUUCAUAGAAUUGGAGUAUACAUCUGUAAUGGCACAUUUGAAGGUGGAAAGUGCUAAGCAGAACCAUGGAUAUAACUGAGAUUGUUCCAGUCAAAAAGAAAACUAAUGUAUUCCCUCAUAUUCAUGGAACAUUGUGUUUGAUUUAGGGGCUUGAUUCUACCUCUGGCAUAUGUAACUGUCACUGGCUUCCUUAUUUGGGGAGAUGUACAAUGACAUUGGGAUAGGCAUGUUGCUUUACAGGAGCAAAACUUUUCUCCAUGAGCACUCAGCAUUAGUCUCAUAGAGAAGGUGGAUCCAGAGACACAACUAUUUUUUUUAAUAAGUGUAAUGAAUGAAAUGUGGACAAUAAAGACAUUUGAUUAUCACUGCAAA